AUGUCUCAACAAACAAACGACCCCCACUCUGUUGAAUUCCCGCCGGAUUGGUCAUUUGGAAGCAGUACAACAUCAAGCCCUGAAAAGGCACCUAAAUUACAAGCAAUUGGUGAGCUUACAUCCAAUGAAACAAGUGGGAGUCCUGCUUCCCCAAUAAAAACAACUUCCAAUACACCCGGCGAAAGCAACUCACUAAUUAAUUAUAGUAUGGUGGAUCCGGGGUCGAAGUCCAAUGAUUUUCCAACUGAUGAAAAUUCGCAUUUACAGAAAUUAGAAGAAAAUAAAAAUCCAUCUGAAAGAAACAACAUAAAAAUCAAUUUGGAUGCUAGUGGUGAUGAAAAAACCAAUUUGGAAGAUGAAAACGGCGAGGAAGAAGAUUCAACAGAAAACCAAUAUGGAAUUAUUAGUCCACAAAUUUACAGUCAAUCCGAUGAUAAUGCGGUUAUUCAAAACGACGAAAAUCCAGAGGAGGAAGAUGAAGUCGAAGAAAAUCCAGAGGAGGAAGAUGAAGUCAAAGAAAUUCCAGCAGAAUUCAAUCAAAAAUUUUGGAAUGGUAAACCAGAAUAUGUACCGACUAAACAACAGGAGAUUGAGAUGAACCACCAAGGUUCUGAUGAAGAUGAAUUACAGGUUGAUGAUUUUAAUAAAAGUAUUUUCAAGCCUGUCGAAAAACCAGAUGAUGAUACCGAAGAAAUACAUUAG